UUGGCACUCCCAAGUCCCAACUGCACACGCUAGCUUCCAUCCAGUCCAGCUGCAUCGAAACACUAGGCAUAUAAAUAGAGGCAUGUAUGCUCCAAAUGUAUGUCCUCCAUUGCAGCUAGCUCAGAGCUGCUUUUAGUUGAGCCCAACCACACACACAGCACAUCAUUUAACAGGUAGCCAUGGCGGAUACAGCUGCGAUGGGGAGGUUUCUGCAGGAGCUGUCAUUAAUCAUCGUCUUAGCUGUGGUGCUGUCCGUCGUCGCCAUGGCGUCUGCGGUGCCGGUGCCGGCGAAGCUGUGCGAGACGAACGAGACGGCGGCGGCGGCGAUGCAGCAGAGGAGGCAGCAGCAGCAGAAGAAGAAGGUGACGGCGUUGCUGGUGUUCGGCGACUCCAUCGUGGACCCUGGGAACAACAACAACCUCCACACCAUGAUCAAGGCAAACCAUGCCCCCUACGGCAAGGAUUUCAUCAACCACGUCCCCACCGGCCGCUUCUCCAACGGCCUCGUGCCAUCCGACUUCAUCGCCCAGAAGCUCCACGUGAAGCGCCUGCUCCCUCCCUACCUGAACGUCGACCACACUCCGGAAGACCUCCUCACCGGCGUCAGCUUCGCCUCCGGCGCCACCGGAUUCGACCCUCUCACCCCCAAAAUCGUGAGCGUGAUCACGCUGGAGCAGCAGCUGGGGUUCUUCGACGAGUACCGGCGCAAGCUGGUGUCGAUCACCGGCAGCGAGGAAGAAACCUCAAAGAUCAUCUCCGGCGCGCUGUUCGUGGUAUGCGCCGGCACCGACGACCUCGCCAACACCUACUUCACGACCCCCUUCCGCAGCCUGCACUACUCCAUCCCCGCCUACGUCGACCUCCUCGUCUCCGGCGCCGCCUCCUUCCUCCGCAGCCUCUCCGCCCGGGGCGCCAAGACGAUAGGCUUCGUCGGCCUUCCCCCGAUCGGCUGCGUCCCGUCCCAGCGCACCGUCGGUGGCGGGCUCCUCCGCCGCUGCGAGCCCCGCCGCAACUACGCGGCGCGGCUGUACAAUUCCAGGGUGCAGGAGCUCAUCAAGGAUCUCAAUGGCGAUCCCCUGUUCGGGACCAGGACGCGCGUCGUGUACCUGGGAAUUUACGAUAUCAUCCAGGAGCUGGUGGAUGAGGGCGGGCGGUGGGGGUUCACGGAGACGACCAAGGGGUGUUGCGGGACGGGGCUCAUCGAGGUGACGCAGCUCUGCGAUUCCAGGUUCAUGGCGGUCUGUGAUGAUGUGGAGAAGCAUGUGUUCUUCGAUAGCUAUCACCCCACGGAGAAGGCCUAUGGGAUCAUUGUGGAUUACAUCUGGGAGCACUACAGCCAAUACCUGCUAAUCUGAAAGAACUCGAUCUCGAUCUCGAGUUGAUUGAUUGAUUGAUUUCUUGGUCGGUCGGUCGAGAAAGGAAGGAAAAAUUAUGUUUGUUUGUUUCUUUGAAGAGGGUUUUACUGUUUCGCAUGUGAUCUGCAAGUUUGAUCGGUCAGCUUGUAUGUGUAUUUGUUGGCAGGGUUUGAAACCCUGAUUCGUUAUGCUGCAGAAAAGCUGCAAUUA